UAGACAUAGACAAAAUGGCUACUAGGAUUUCCUGUUCUGUCGUGUCCAUCCUGGUCCUCGUCCUUGCGAUUCAUCAACCCUUCACCGUUCACUCGAGAAGCCUGAAAUCUACCGAUCCAAGCCUCACUUCCUUCCAGAGUUUGGAGGGUGCUAUCAAGGGCCAGACCAGGCAUGGCAUCAGAGAGGUCAAGCGUUACCUCAAAGCUUUCGGAUACUUGGACUACGGAGAGGGCGAGAACGACGAUGUCGCCCUCAUGGAUGACAAGUUCGACGAGACUUUGGAGUUGGCGCUCAGAUCUUACCAGAAAUUCUACCGUCUUAAAGUCACCGGAAAGCUUGAUGCCGACACCGUUAAGCAGAUGAGCGCCCCGCGAUGCGGGGUGCCCGACUUGGUCCACCCUCGGCACGUAGGAACGAAUGCCACUAAGCCGAGCAAGUUCCGCAUGGUAGCGCGCUAUAAGUUCUUUCCCAACAAUCCUAAGUGGCCGCCUUCCCAAACCCGUCUCAGUUAUGCUAUCGGCCCGGUCCCCAAGGCCAUCCCACUGGAGGAGUUUAGAGGAGUCUGCUCGAGAGCUUUCCAGAGUUGGGCUGAAGUUACUGCGUUCACUUUCGAAGAAUCUACGAGCGGAUCGGCCGAUAUCGUUAUAGGCUUCUACCGCGGCAAUCAUGGUGACGGUAAUCCUUUCGACGGGCCCGGCAAUGUUCUUGCCCAUGCAUUUUACCCGACCAUCGGUAGGUUCCACUACGACGCAGAAGAGCAGUGGAGUUUUAACCCCGGCCUGACCGAAACGGACCUGGAAUCGGUGGCCUUGCAUGAAAUAGGACACCUCCUAGGGCUAGCCCACAGCUCGGAUCCGAAUGCUGUUAUGUAUCCCAGUAUUCCACCGGGUAUUAUCCACAGGAAUCUUAGUCAAGAUGACAUUAAUGGCAUACGUGCUUUGUACCCUGAGCAAAGAUAAGGCCCUGCCCUAUCGGUUUCAUAAUUGUAUUUGCAAUAUCAGCACAUUUUCACCGGUGAAUAAAUGAUCGCAGCUAUGGAAGCUGCAGUUAUUAAA